AUUUCAUAUUGACAGUUGUUCCGAAGAUUUUCCAUCCGCGGUACAAGAAAGUAAAAGGUUUUAGUGGAAUAAUCGGCGAUUUCAGGACAUUUGUCCGUAACCUUUAAUGGUUGUGUUUCAACCAAGACAUGGACGAAGAUGAACGACAGAGGAAAAUAGAAGCUGGAAGAGCAAAGAAAUCCACCAACACGCAGCGCAGUCAGUUGCUUGCUAGCUUCCGACAGAAAAGGGCGAAAGGGGACGGUGAAGUCGCGCAGAAAAAGACGCAGAAGAGGAAGGGCCCGUCUCCAACGCAGAAUGACGGCCCAGUGCAAGGUCGCCCCCUAGGGAUGGACCUCCAGACAGACGGCAGCGCCACACAGCAGGACGACAUGUGUAACAAUGAGGAACCACAACGUUUUGGUGAGACCGAUCCGAGCCAACUUCCAGAGUUCCAGGGGCACUUGGAGCAACACCAUCCCCAGGAGGGGAGCAGUGUCCUGGGCGAGCAGGCGGUCGAUGGGCAUCCUGAGGAGAUGGAGGUUGUGGGAGACGAGGUCCUAGUGGUUCACACUGGAAAAGAUCAACUCAAGCAGUUACAGGCCGCAGUAGAGAAGCGUAAUGAGAUCAUUAGCAGACUGAGCUGUAACCUGCAGGAGGCGCUGGAGAGCAGAGACCAGGUACAGCGGGAGGCCUUCUCCCUCACUGGACAGAUACAGGCCCUGAAGAUGCAGCUACAGCAGACCUCUCAGUUCUUUCGCUCCAGGACACAAGGGGGCUCUGAGCUCUCCCUAGCCCAGCGGAAAGCCUCCCAGCCUGACCACAGCUCCUACGACCUCUCCUCACUGCCCAACCACCUGGAGGUCCCAGUAACAGAACCAGGGGAGCAAAUACGCACACUCCGAAUGGGACAUGAACAGACUGGAGCUGGGUGUGAGAGCCCAGCACAAUGUAUUGAUCCUGAGAUGGAUGUACUGAUACACACAUUGAGGAGAGAGCUGCUAGAGGAGAGGGAGUUAAACCAGCUCAUGCUUUCCCAACUAGAAGAGGAGAGGACAGGGAGGGAGGAGGAGAGGAGAGAGAUCCACCAGUACAAGGAGGAGAAGGAGGUGUUGAAUAGGGAAUUGCAGGAGCUAAGGAGGAGACUGGAGGAGGCGAGGGAGAGAAGGAACGAGAGGGAGGAUGAGCGAGAGAUCAGGGAAAGACAGGAAGAGGAGAAGAGACCUGGAGAGGAGGUGCAGAGAGUCAGACAGAUGUUGGGGGAGAGAGGGAGAACGAGGGAGGAGUUGGGAUUCAAGGCUUCUAAAGACAAACUGAACCAGGCAAAGGCCAGUGUGGAGGAGGAGGAUGGGGAGGGGGAGGAGAGAGAGGAGUGCCUUCUGGACGUGUCCCUCCCCACUGAUGGCACCCCGCUGUUGGAGCGCUACCUGUCCUCGGCCCUCCCCUCACACUCGUGCUGGGCCAAUGAAAGUCUGGAGGAGUGCAGCCUUCUGGAAGAGCACAGCAUUCUGGACAACUCUGGCAACUACAGGUUUGAGCUGGACAGUGAUAUCGUCAGUGGUGGUGACCAAUCCCAGCUGUCCUUUUCGCAGGAAGAACAAACUCACUUUCCCGUCCCACCAUCCACUGCACGGUCCCCCGACCCUGAGAACGAAACCUUGCCCUCUUUCGCCUCCCAGUGGCAGAACAACCCCCUCUCUGUCUCACGAGACGCCAGCGAGACCUCUGAGAGACUCAGUGAGACGUCAGAGAAUCAGGAGAUCUCAGACCUGGGCAAGGAGCUGCUCAUCCAGCAGUGUGGAGACCUCAGGGAGGAGGUGGCUCUGAGGGAGAGGGAGAAGGAGGUGGUGAUGGAGGAGUUGAGGAGGAGCGCUGAGGAUCUGGAGGAGGCCAGGGCCAGGUGGGCCCAGGUCUCUGAGGAGCUGCAGGAGGCGCACUGGGAGCUUGAGGAGGAGCGGGAGAAGAGGAGGCGAGCUGAGGAGGAGGUCAGCCUGAAAACACACGAGGAGGACAAUCUGAAGAACAGACUCUGCACCUUACUGGAGGAGAGAGAGAAAGAGAUGGGGAGUCUCAUCUCCUCUCCUUUCCUAGAGAAGGGAGGUACCUUCCUCCCCAGCCAGGAGCAAGUGAUGGAACAGCUAAAAGAGGAAAAAUCUCUCCUCCUCUCUCGUCUAAAACAGCAGGAAGAGCUGCUCUCCUCUGUCCGGUUGGAGAAAGGAAGCAACAAGGAGAAAGAGGGGGAGCUGAGGGAGGUGGAGGAAGAGAAGAGUGUUCUCCUCUCCAGGUUGAGGCAGCAGGAGCAGCUGGUUUCCUCUCUGCAGGAGGUGAAACAGGCGGGAGACUCUGUCUCCUCUGAAGUCCAUGCUCUGUUUGGACGACAGCUACAGUCACUACAGACCCAUCGUGACCAGCUUCUAGCCCUGCUGGAAGAAACUAAAUCCAGGCACAAAACCACCACUGCCCUCCUAGGUCAGAAAACCCUGGAGCUCGACACCGCUCAGAAAGAGAUGCACAGAGUCCAGAAGGAGGCGGAGACAGCGAGGCAGGAGGUGGAGGAGAGGGAGAGGAGGAUAGAGCAGACGGAGAGGGAGAAAACAGAGGUAGAGUCUGAGUUGCUGUGUCUGAGACAGAACCUGUGUAACCUGGAGGAGGUGCAGGCCCAGGGAGUGAGGGAGAGGGAGGAGGGCAGAAGGAGAGAGGAGGAGAUGGACAGAACCAUGCGGAGAAUGGAGAAGGUGAUGGCAGAGGAGCUGGAGGAGUUCCAGAGACAGCUCCGAGACCAGGAGAAAGAGGUGGAGGAGGAGCGGGAGAAGUGGGAGGAGGAGAGGCAGGAGAAGGACGAGGAGGUGCAGGGGGUGAGACGCCUGCUGGAGGAGCAGCGGAGGGAGAGGGAGCAGGAGGUGAAAGCGCUCCUGGAGCAGCAGAUGCGGUCUGUGGAGGAGGCCACAGAGAGACUGAGAAGAUCUCACAGUGAGGAUGUGCAGGAGCUGCAGGAGAAACACCAGGAGGAGGUGUCUGAGCUGAGCAGCCGUCUGGAGAGAGAGCUGUGUGAGCAGAGACACCGUCUGGAGGAUGAGCAGAAGAGACAGAUCAGCCUUAUCAAACAGGUGAACGAGAGAGAACACCAGAGGAUGCUGUCGGAGAUGAUGUCACAGCAGAGGGAGGAGCUUAGCCAUUUAAAGGCAGAGCUAUCAGGGGACCAGAGGGAGAGCAUGGAGGCAGCCCACCAAGCAGAACUACUACAGAUACAGAGCCAACAGGCUCUGGAGCUGGAGGCGCUGCGUCUGAGCCUGACCAACCACCAAACGACCCAGCUAGAGCUCUCCCAGACCAACCUGCAGCGGGAGCGGGAGGCCUCUCUAAGCGAGCUCCAGGCUUCCCUCAGGGAGAAGUGGGCCCAGGAGAGGGCCGUGCUGCAGGCCAGACAGCAGUUUGAGGUGGAGAGGCUGAGAGCUGAGAGUGAGGAGAGGAUCCAGCGAGAGCAGCAGGAGUAUCACAGGAACAUGGAUGCUCUGAGGCAGGAGUGUGAGAGUCGUCUCUCCCAGGAGAGAGUGUCCAUGGAGGAGCGGCAGGCUGCAGAAAUAGUGGCCUUGAGAUCCCGGUGGCAGCAGGAGUCCGAGAAGGCCCAGUCAGAGCUCCAGACACAGCUGUCAGAGGCUCGGGUAUCACUCUCCACCCAGGCAGCCUUCACCCAGACUGGGGCAGAUCUGUCCGAGGCCCGGGCUAGCCUGGAGGAGCUCCAGAGGCUGGAGGGGGAGCUGAACCAGGCCUGGACCGAGAGGGACGCUGCUGCCCGUGCAGUGGAGGAUCUGGUGUCCAGACAUCAAGUGGUGCUGCAGGAGAGAGAGGAACAAACACGGCAGCUACAGCAGGAGGUGUGUCGUCUGCAUGGAGAUCAGGUGACUCUGAGACAUACUUGUGACCAGGAGGUCUCUCAGCUCUGGGCUCAGCUAGACAACAUGAGGACCAGCCGCCAGGAACUGGGAGAGUUGAAGGAGCAGCUGCUAGCUCGUUCGUCGCGGGUGGAUGACAUCGAGCGUCUGAAGGCGGAGUUUAACGUGCAGAGGCGGGAGAUCAAUGAGCAGAAUGAGGUUGAGCUGGAAAACCUGAGGAGGUACUUUGAGCAGCGUCUGCGAGUAGCAGAGGAGAGCUACCGGGAGGAGAUAGCCCUGCUGCAGCUGAGACUGGUGGAGGGAGCCCUGGAGGACUCUGUACUCAAGACCCAGGAUGCUAGUUUCCUGUCUGAAGGGAGAGAGGAGGAGGAGAGGAACGAUGUUCUGGCUGAGAUCACACUGAAACUGGAGAAACACCAGGAGGCGUUUGACCAGCUGCGUGUCCAGUUGGAGGAGAGACACACUCAGGAACUGUCUAACCUACGGUCCUCUAUGGCCCUGUCCUACAGAGAGGAGCUGCUACAGGUGCGUUCAGACCUGACUGAUCGUUACUAUGGCGACCUGCAGGAGCUGAAGACUCGCCACGCCCUCGAGAUGGAACAACUCCGCGCUAGACUGUCAGACAGCCAUGUCAGAGAGCUGACGAGGGUGCGUCUGGAGGCUGCCAGACAGGUGGAGGUGGAGGUGGAGCAUAGAAUGUGGUGUCACUCUGAGGAGCUGCAGACCAGAACGACCAUGAUUCAGAACUUGGAGACACGACUGGCUGCCCUGGCAGACACACACAAUAUGGAGCUACGCUCACACACUAUGAAGCUGAAGCAGAGCUUUGCUGAGGAGCUGGUUGUGAAACUAGCAGAGGAACAUAAGGAGGAGAGGGAGCGAGUGAUGGAGGAGAUGACCCUGAGGAGAGCGGAGGAGGUGCAGAGGCUCAGACAGGAGCUCCAGGAGGAGGGGGAGGCACGGGUCUCUGCCCUGAGAGAAGCGCUGGAGAGAGGGAUGGCGGAGGAAAGGAGCGCUCUGGAGAAAGGGAUUGAGGAGGCGAGAGCAGCGCUCAGGAGUCUACAAGCCUCACUGGACAACGACCUGAACCCCCAGGCGGUGGCAGUGAGACAGAGACUAGAGGCCCAGUACGAAGCUGAGCUGGCCAGGGCCAAGUCCACCAUGUCUGCCGAGGUCAAGGAGCUGACUGCUCUGCUUCAGGAGCAGGGAGACCAGAGGCUAUGCCAAGCCCAGGACAGGUUCCAGGAGGAGAGGGAGGAGUUGGAGCAGCGUCUGGCCCAGCAGGGUGAGGUUUCUCUGGGGGAGCUGAGGGAGGAACACAUGGCCGCCAUGGAACUCCUGAAAACCACGCUACUGACCAACCACACGAAGGACAUGGACAUGCUACGAACCAAUCACAAAGCAGAACUGGACUCCUUGUUGGCCAAUCACAAGGCUGAUCUCAAAGCAAUGGCAACGGAGAUCGCAACAAAACACGAGGAGCUUGUUGUCUUGGAAACCAGCCUAGAAUCAAAACGCAAGUCCGAGCUCGAUCACCUGGAGGCAGUCCUACAGGAAACCAAUCAGGCUCAGCUAGAGGCACAGGAGGCGGAGUUAGAACAUAGGCAUCAGGAAGAGAGGGAGGAGCUGGAGAAGAGGAUGCUGGGUAAUAUGGACACACUGGAGACCACGUACCUGAGGGAGAUCCAGACUCUGCGUGAUCAGAAGUCUGCGCUUGAGGCGAAGCAUAAGCAGGAAGUGGAGCGUGAAAGGUCAAGGCUUAACCAGGAAGUGGAGCGUGAUGGGUUGGAGCAGCAGUCUGUCAGGGAGGAGCUGAGGAAGGAGCUGGCUCAGCUUCACAUGGAGAAGUUUAGCGCCAUGGCAACGGAGCUCAGCCACACCCACCAGAAUGAGUUGACAAUCCAGAAAGAAGCCUUAGAAGCUGAACACCACACGGCUCUGGAGGCCCUCAGGAAAAAGGUCUUGGAGUUGGCGCAACAGCACUGCACUGCCUUAGAGGAGCUCACGUGCACCUACACCUCAGAGACACAGCAACUCAACACACAGCACCAGCAGCAGCUUCAGGAGCUAAAGAGUGCGUCUGUGAGAGAGCUACAGGCGUGUCGCCGGGAGCUGGAGGAGGAGUCGUCACGACAACGUCUGCACUUCCUGGAAGAGGUUGAGCUUCUGAAGGCCCAAGCAGAGGAGAGACUUGAGCAGAAGAUCAGCCAACUCAAGGCGGAGUUUGAGGAGCAGAAGGAGGCGGAGCUAGCAGAACAGAGGCAGAGCUUCAGUUCUGAGCACGAGCAGAAGGAACAAAGCUACGCCGACAAGAUGAGCCAGCUCACUGCACAACUGCUACAGCUGGACACUGUGGUGUCACAGCUGCGAGCGGAGGUGUGUAGUCUACAGGGGGAGUUGGAGGGGAAGAGGUCAGAGAUGGAGACCCUGGAUACACUCCUCCAACGGCGAGAACGAGAGAGUCAGGAGGGAGGCAACCUCCUCAACAUGCUUACUGAGGACCUACACACUGCCAAGGAGGAGAGGCAGUCUCUCCAGUCAGCUAAUGAGAGGCUGAGGAAGGUUCUGGUUGAGGUGGUUUUGAGCACAAUGGCAAUGGAGGAGCUAAUUGGACGCCGGGUCAACGCCUGUGUCGGGGUCAAAGGUCAUGAUCAGGGUGAGAGUCCAGGAGAGGGAACAACCAAUCAGGAGACAGGUGUCUCUGUAGCAGACAUGUCAACCGGCGAUCUGGAUCUCUCUCAGCGUGUGUGUGAGAGCCUCCUACUGGCAGAGUCCCAAACAAACUCUGGAGGGGAGGAAGCAGCCCUGGGAGAGGAGGCAGCCCUGGGAGCCUGCAGCCAACUACGCCACUCUGUGGACACACUCCUGGAGCUCCUCACACGCGCUAGCACACAGUUGGAGGAGUCUUGUUCUGUCCAUCUGUCUCUAGAGGAGAGAUUUUCCCAGGGCCGUUCAGACUCCUCUCAGAUGCUGCUCCAACACCAGCUCGUAUUGGAUCAGCUGGACCAGGAAGCGGGGCUCAAGAGCAAGCUCCAGCUGGAGCUCCACAAGGCCGAAGGUCUGUUGGAGGGCUAUGUGGCUGAGAAGGCAACUCUGGAAGAAUCUCUACAACAAAAGGAGGCUCAGGAAGAACGGCUUGUUGAGGAGUUGGAGGGCCUCCGGGCGCAGCUGCACCAGAAGGAAGGCCUCACCUCGGAGCUAGAGAACCUCAGGGUGCAGCUGCAGGAGCUCAGCGAGGAGCACAGUCUCCUCCAGCGCCAGAAGGUCCAUCUCGCCGCCGGACUGGGAGAGAGAGAAAAGGGGUCCUGUCAGAGUAUAGAGGGGGACACAGGCCUCCUGGUUGAGGCAGAUCGUCUGGGCCAGGAGAGGCUGUGUGUGCAGCGGCAGGCGGAGAAAGACCGCAGCUCACUGUCUCUGCGCCUCAGGGCUCUGGAGACCGAGCUAGAGGAACAGGAGAACCAGGGCCUGACGGCGGAGCAGCAGCACAGGGCUCAAUCAGAAGACCUCCUGCAGCGCGUCCAGGCCCUCGAGAAACAGCUCAAACACGACAGGCAGUUUAUAGACGAGCAGGCAGUGGAGCGGGAACAUGAGAGAGAUGAGUUCCAACAGGAGAUCAGAAGUCUGGAGGCUCAGCUCAGACAGCCAGCCAGACACUCUGCUGGGACCAGCAAGGGCCAACGGAUUGAGGACUUGGUUCUGCAGGUGUGGAAUCUCACCAGUGACUCCUAUAGCUACACCUCGACUCUUCUGCAUGCCCCCACCGUGGAGAGCCUUCAAGCUCUCAUCAGGGACAAGACAGAAGACCACACCUGCCUGCUGGCAGCCAAUCAACAGGUCCAGCUCGAGGUUGCUGAGCGCAAUGAAGAGAUUGACAAGCUGGCUGGGCGAAUUAGGGAGCUGGAACAGGCGUUGCUGAGCAGCUCCGAGAGCAGCAGAGCUGUCAGUCAACUGGAGCAGGAGCUGCACAGAGCUCAGCAGAGAGAAGAGGAGCUCACACAGGAUAAGGAGUCAUUGCAGCAGCAGCAGUUGUCAAAUCGUCUCCAGAUUUCAGCGCUGCAGUCUAAACUGGACGAGACCCGUCACCGUUACCGUGACAACAACACUAGCACCCCCGACCCCAUCCAGAUUCUCAGAGACACGUUGGACACCGCACAGCAAGACCUGCAGGACAAGGAGCAACAGGUGUGUGUGUUGGUUGGUCAAAUGGAGGAGACUCAGAGAGACCUGACCAUAAAAGAGGCGGAGUUAAAACACCUCACUCUCCAGCUGGAGCUCCUGACCAAUCAGAACAUGGAUACCAUCACCCAGCUUCACGACCAAGUCGCUUCUCUCAAAGAGACAGUUUCAGCCCUUACCUUUCGCCUGGAGGAGAGAGAGAUAGGAGAGGAGGAGAGUCUCCCAUCUGCUCUGUUGGAGGAAAAGAAUGAGGAGAUAGACCACCUGACCCAGGAGAUACACAAGCUAGAACUGGAGCUGGAGACAGCCAGGGACAUCACGGCCAUCCAGACAGAACUUGAAGACGUCCGCUCCCAGGUGGAGCAUCUCCGCUGUGACAUCAUCAGGGUGCGUCAGGACAAGCAGGAAGAGGAGGAGCGGCUUCACGAGGUCAUCAGCACGCUACAGGCCGAGCUAAACACCCUUUGCCCCGCCUACCACGAGGUCAGCGACCUAUCACAAGAGGGUGACAGUGUUAACCCUUCGCCUGCUCCCAGCCCGGAACCUGCCAAGUACCCCCAACCAGAGAGAGGAGGAGCGAGAGGAGGUGAGGGCGACAGUCUUAAGCAGGAGAUGCGUCUCCUCCAUUCCUCCUCUUCCCGUUCUCUCCGUUCCCGUGUGGAGGCCCUGCAGGGGCAGCUGGAGGUGACAGUGGGAGAGAAGGAGGCGAUGGAGAGACUGCUGCUCUCUCAGGAGGAAGAGUACAGAGGACAGGGGGAGGAGAUGGGGAAGAGGCUCAGGGAAGAGAGGGAGAGAGGGGAAGAGGUAAAGAGAGAACUCCAUCUAAAAGAGGCUGAGCUUGAAGAGGUGAGAGCCAGGAUAGAAGGGCUGGAGGAGGAGAGGGAUGCAGCUGUGGAGGAGAGUGGUCGCUGGCAGGCUCUUGCCCAGGAGACGAACUCCCUGCGAGGGGAGAAAACUCGGCUAGACUCCCUGGUCCUGGAGCUAAAAUCAAGGGUUGAAGAGCGGGAGAAAGAGACUGAAGCCCUGCUACAGACCGUGGUGGCUGUCGAGACGGCGAAGGCAGAACUUUCGUCAGAACGCGAGGCCCUGCGGAAGAGGGAGUGCCGACUCCAAGAGGAAAUAGAACGCCUCCAGCAGGAAGUGACCUCUCAGAGGGCCUGCCUCCAGGAAGUCAGCCGUCAGCUAGAGGAGAGGCGAGCCAACCAGGAGGAGGCUCAGAAGGAAGUGCUGACAUGUGCUGAGGAGACUCUGGCGAAGGCUGACGCUGCCCUGAGACAGAGGGAGGAGGAGCUACAGAGACUAGGGGCGGAGCAUCAAGCCCUGGGGGCAGAGUUAGCAGCUGUGAAGGAGGGUCUUUGCUCCAGCACAGAGAGAGCUGAGAAACUACUGGAGGAGGGACAGACCAAAGACCGGGCCCUGGCUGACCUGGAAACCAAUAACCAGCAUCUGAAGGCGGAGCUCCGGGGCCUACAGGAAGACCUGGCUGUGCAGGAAGAGGAGCUGGCCUAUCAGCAAGGAGAACUGCUGCAGCUCAGACAGACCUGCAACCCGCACAGCAGACAAACACACUCAUUGAAGGACGUCACGCCCAGAGGAUUCCAGGACGGUGUGUCUCGCAACGGGUCCCUGAGUUCUCCCGAGGUUCUCCGUCGACUGGACUGUUCUGAGGAGAGAACCAGAGAGGACAGGUUCCACCCCUCUGUUCUCCACGGUUCUAGACUGUCUGACCUCAGUGCUUUAAACAGCACAGGCCUGGAGCUCCAGGCUAAAGCCUCCCCCAGGGGACGGCAAGACCAGCCCUGUCCAGGGACAAUCAGCCCAGAGCUGGGCACACACAGCACCCACUCCCCUGGGUCCAUCUCUGCCUCGGACAACCUCUCCAUGUUGGACUCAAUGGACGCUGACAAGGUGCAUGAGCUGGAAGCCCUGGACCUGACGGCCCCUCCCUCAUCUCUUGGCUCCGCCUCUUCUCUGUCUGCAACGGAGUGGGCCAGUGAUGGAUAUGGCAGCAAUGUCAGUUCAGAGCUCGGUGUAAGACUCAAGGUAGAGUUGGAGCAGACAGAGAGGCUGGAUGCUCAGUUCUUGGAGUACCUGCAUUGUCGAGGCAUGAACCCCGCAACCAACACACGCACAGACAACACACGCACAGACAGCGCCGCCGGGAGUAUGAGCUACAGCGACGAACUGUUGUCUCCUGAACUACAGGGUCUGUUGAAGAGAGUGUACCAGGAGAGCUGCAGGGUUCUCGCCCUCUCCCAGCGUAACGCCCCCUCUAACCACCUCUCAUUGGACCAGACGAUCUGUCAGUUAGACUCUAAAGCUCCUCCAAUGUGUUGGGAGCAGGAGAAGAGGGCGUUACAGGAAACUGUCAUCGCUCUGAGAGAACUGCUCUGUCGGAUGGCACAGAGACAGGAGAACUCGGUGGAUGCUGGUUGGAGCAGAGGGCUUCAGGCUGCAGUAAGGGGUGUGUUUGACUGUGAGAGGGCAGGGCUUCGCUCUGAGCUGCAGGCUUUUCUCUCCUCCCACCCUGAGAUAGACUCCACCCACCUCCUCAGUCAGCUGGAAACACUACUACAGAGACAGGAGGAGCAGCACCGUGUUGUGGUGGAGCGUCUGCUCUCUGCAGACGAACACGCUCUGCAGCUGCAGCACUCUCAGUGGGAGGAGUCAUCUAAAGGAGAGGUGUUAUCCAGGCUGAGGGCGGAACUAGAGGAGAACAGAGAACGACUUAACUCCUCCCACAGCACCCAGCAGGAACUACAAAACGAGAUCCGCAAUCUCCGGCUGUGUAUAGAGGACUGUGAGGAGGCUGUAAGGAGGGAGGAGACCAGAGUCCAGGAGCUACAGCAGGAGCUGUACCAGGAGAGAACUCACACACACCUCCGGGAGAAGGAAGAGGAGCAGCAGAGAUCAGAGGUCGUGACCCUGAGGGGUCAGCUGGACCAGGAGAGGACAACCUCUUGUAACCUCCGACAGGAACUCCAGAUAGAACUCUCCCGCGGCCACCUCCUCCAAUCACAGCUUGACACACGUCUAGCCGAUGCCCAUAAGGAGCUGGAGGAGGAGUGCGCCCGUUCCGCCCGGCAACUCAACACUUUCCAAUCACAGGAAAAGAGUCGGCUGGAACACUUCCUGAAAGAAGCUGAGUCCCGCCUAGCCGACGCCCACAUGAAGAAACUGGAGGAGGAACGCGAGCGCUCCGCCCGGUGUCUCGAUGACAUCACACGCAGACAAGAAGAGGACACGUCCCGAGACAGAAAGUUCAUCUCAGAGCUCCGCUCUCAGCUGGAGCAGGAGAGGAGGCAGGGGGAGGAGCUAGCCACCGUGACAGACGGGCUGAGGGCGGAACUUCUGCAGAACCGGAGGAGAGUAGAGGAGGAAGAGAGGAAGAGGAGAGCGGAGGCACAGAGAGAUCAGGAUGCUGCAGCCCGCCUCAGAGUUACUAUGGAGACACUCAAGGAGCAGCAGCAGGAGGCUAGUCGAGCAUUGGAGACAGAGAGAGAGCGUUCUGGUCGCUUAGGGGCGGAGCUCAACGUGCUGAGGGAGAGGCUUCGAUCGGUCAAUGACAAGGAGAGGGAGCGGGAGGAACAGAGGGAGAGGGAGAGGAGGAAGGAGAGACAGGAGCAGACUGAGAGAGAGAAGCGACAUGAGAGGACCAGCAACAAACUGUGUGAAUUGGAGUUAUUAUGGCAGCAGGACCAGCAGAGGAUGAGAGAUCUCCAGCAGACUCUGGCUGAGCUAGAGCGGGAGGAGAGAGAGAUGGCCAUAGAGAGACUGUCCAACCGACACCAAUACAACUCUAGCUCACUCCAACCCAAGAAUAACACAUCGACUGGGCCAGACCAGACCAGCACAACCCAAUACAACCACCAGUCUUCCUCGGCGCUGGGGGAGAGGUUGUCGAGGGAGAACUCUGACCUGUCGGCCCGCGUGAAGGAGCUGAGUCAGGAGACAGUUAACCUGAAACACACCCUGUCCUGUCUGGAACGACAGCUACGACAGGCACAGACUGAGAACCGGCCCAGCACUGACCUCAGCAACAGCAAGUUCCAGCGACUGUAUGAGCGCUAUCUACGGGCUGAGAGCUUUAGGAAGUCUCUGGUCUACCAGAAGCGCUACCUCCUGCUGCUGCUGGAGGGCUUUCAGGACUGUGAACAGGCAACUCUCUGUCUUAUCGCUCGGAUGGGGGCGCACCCCUCACCCCCCCACGCCCACACACACUCUCCCCUCUCGCGCUUCAGAGCUGCAGUACGAGCUGUCAUCGCCAUCUCACGACUGAAGUUCCUGACCAGGAAGUGGCAGAGAGUCGUCAGGAGAGGAGUUACAACUACUGUCACUGUCAACGGAUACAGCACAGCUUCCAGGACUGAGGUUUUGAGGCAGCAGCAGCCACUGGCCAAUCACAACUCCUCUCCACCUACUAGAGACAGCAGCCCCACCCGUAAGGGUGUGGUCUCACCAAUGAAAUCACCCUUCAGGCUCCACAACCGAGUGUAUUCCAACCCGGUCCUGUCCUCUGAGCCUGCUUCGUCCAGUGUUCUGUCCCAGGAUGCCGAGCGAUCUCUGACAGACUACAUCCACCACCUGGAGAACGUACAGCAACGCCUAGGGGCUGCACGUCCAGGCUCUCCAUCUCUUCUCUCCUACCACAAAAUGUCUGACCGCUGAAGGAAGGAAUGAAGCAGUGUAUGAAUGCCUCCUUUCAAUCCAACAUCCUUAUGAUCCAUCUCUGUGUUUAAAUAUACAAUGGAAUGUAUUUGUCUAUCUGAUUUAGAAAGUUAGAAUUUAAGACAUUAAAUUAUUUUUUUACGGAAAAAAAAAUUCUAUACAUUUCUGUCGACCUCUGAGUAACUCCCUAAGAGGUCUUCUCACCCGAAUGCAUGUGUUUUUGAAAGUAUUAGAUCGCUAUUUUUCUACCUGAGUUUUAUACACCUUUGUAUCUCUGAUUCUGUGUAUAUGUUCUUGGUUAUUAAUAUUUCACGUGGAUAAAUGUGCGAAGUUUCACACUGGAAUUCCGAUCUAUAGAUCAAAGCUGGUGGACAUGUAUUGUCAAUGUUUUUUUAUCGAUCACCAUUUCUACAAAAUAAAUAUUUGAAUUGUG